GACCGGUGCAAGGCGAAGCAAGCAGAUCGGUCGGAGAACGAACACUUGAGGCGGCCGGCGUAGCACGAGAGGCAGAACACCGGUGGCAAUGGCUGGGGCGUCCAUGGAAGUGGAGCAGGACCUCCCGGGCUUCCGGUUCCACCCCACCGAGGAGGAGCUCCUCGACUUCUACCUCGACCGCAUGGUCCACGGCAAGAAGCUCCACUUCGACAUCAUCGGCACGCUCAACAUCUACCGCCACGACCCCUGGGACCUUCCUGCGAUGGCGAAGAUCGGGGAGAGGGAGUGGUACUUCUUCGUGCCGCGGGACCGGAAGGCCGGCAGCGGCGGGCGGCCGAAUCGGACGACGGAGCGCGGGUUCUGGAAGGCCACGGGGUCGGACAGGGCCAUCCGGAGCAGCGCCGACGCCAAGCGGGUGAUCGGGCUCAAGAAGACGCUCGUCUUCUACCAGGGGCGCGCCCCGCGGGGCACCAAGACGGACUGGGUCAUGAACGAGUACCGCCUCCCCGACUCCGGCGCCGGCCGCGGAGCACGAACACCGCCGCCUCCCAAGGAGGACAUGGUGCUAUGCAAGAUCUACAGGAAAGCCACCCCACUGAAGGAGCUGGAACAGAGAGCCUCUGCCAUGGAGGAGAUGCAGAGGCGCAGCAACGCACCGUACUACACGAACCCGGCCAGGGCACCCCAGGUCCAGGCCGCGGCCUCCGCCGGCGACGACUACCUGUCCUCGGACGACGCCCACGACAGCUUCCUGUUCCCCGUCUCGUCCUCGUCGGCGCCAUCGGGCGACAGCUACAGCCCGCCCAUGGAAGCCAAGCAGGAAGCGGACGCCACGGUCACGGUGGCGUCGAUGUCCCUGAUGCAGGCGGCGAACAUGGGCAUCGUGCAGCCCCCGGCGGUGAGGCACGGCGACCUGCCCUGCCUGCAGGUGCCAACGAACCAUGGAGUCCUGGACUGGAUGCAGGACCUGUCCCAGCUACGCAGCCCAUGGCAGGACCAGUUUUUCUUGUCGCCCUUGGCGCAUCUGCUCUCUUGAAGGGACGAUGCUGGAAGAAGGUGAAGGAAGAGUGUCCCAACCUAGUCGCGUCAUCAAAAUGGGUUUCCGGUUCAGCUUGCAAGGGCGAGCUGCAAGCGUGAUGCUAGUUUAGAUGUGAAUUCGGUUGUACAUACUGAAACUG